AUGGUUCGUUACGCUGCGACCGAGAUUGCCCGCGAGAAGUCGGCCCGCGCCCGCGGCUCCUACCUGCGCGUGUCCUUCAAGAACACCCGUGAGACCGCCCAGGCCAUCAACGGCUGGAAGCUCCAGCGCGCCGUCAAGUUCCUCGAGAACGUCCAGGAGAAGGCUGAGGCCGUCCCCUUCCGCCGCUACGCCGGCUCCAUCGGCCGCACGGCGCAAGGCAAGCAGUUCGGUGUCUCCCGCGCCCGCUGGCCCGUCAAGUCCGCCGAGUUCCUCCUCGGCCUCCUGAAGAAUGCCGAGUCCAACGCCGACGCCAAGGGUCUCGACACUGGCAACCUGGUUGUCAAGCACAUCCAGGUCAACCAGGCCCCCAAGCAACGGAGACGCACAUACCGUGCCCACGGUCGCAUCAACCCCUACAUGUCCAACCCCUGCCACAUUGAGCUGAUCCUCACCGAGGGCGAGGAGGUCGUCCAGAAGUCCGAUGCCGUCGUUGGCCGUGAGGAGGUCCGCCUCAACUCCCGCCAGCGCGGUGCCCGCGUCCGCCAGGCCAUCACCGCCGCAUAA